CAAUUCGCUUGGCGUGAUAAGAACGUUUAGUGAAUAAAAUGUUCAAUGCUCGAUUUCUCAUCAUAGUUCUCCUGCUGCUGGGCAUGUCAGUUGCGCUGCCUGGUCGGGAGAGUUUUCAGGAGUUGCGUAAGCUACUGAGACAGCAACAGCAGGAUGAGCAGCAGCUUAUAGAGAAGCAAUUUAAUGAGGAUAUUCUCUUGUGGGCCCAGUCCCUGGAGCAACUGGGUCUGAAAUUUAUGGCAUUCGUGGAACAGUGUCGCCCACGCGGCAGUCGCUGCACCCAGCGGCUGGUGCAGCGCCAUUUGCGAUCCCUGAGGCGCGGCUACAGUGAUCUGCGCGCUCAACUGGAGACCCUAGAGAUUAGCUACGUAGGCAAGAUAAACGAGGAGGAGCUACUGACGCCCACAUUGCGGGCGGUAAGGCAAGUGCUGCAGCAAUACGACAGCAUGCUGAGGCUGGUAAAUACAGAGGUCUAUAAGUUAGUUAACCAAUAGAGCUGGGACUCUACAAAUAAUUCAAAUAAUAAACAUAUAUACCGUAUUUAGCUAUAGUUAAGUCAUAAAAUGUUACUAUAAUAGACAACAAGAUUCACACGAUCAGGGCUAUACUUAAAUAUAAUAGCUGGGAAAUAAAACUGUAAAUUGGACUUAUCCCAACGUAUUAAUUUUUAAAUAUACAGGAAAGAUUUUAUAAAUACUGUUCUAUAUGUUGUUUAUAUAAUGCUUUUCCUACAUUUUGUUUUUGCUUUUAUAUAUAAAUUUGAUUUCCGGCAGAUUGUACUUAUAGAAGCAAUAUAUAUAUAUAUAUAUUAAUUAUUAUUUCACUGGCGAUCUGUCGUGCUUAAGACAAUGAGCGAGUAUUUUAGUAUAAGCAAUAUUAUAUUGUAAACAGCGCCUGAUAAGAUGUUAGUAAUAUGUUAGGAAAAUACAAGAUUUUUACAUUUGACCGAUUGUGCCUAAGGAAAUUAUAUUAUAUAGAGGUCCAAU